AUAUAAAAAUAUAAGCAGCCCCACCAUCGUCUCCCACACUGCCUCUCUUCUCUCUCUUGUUAGUUCACUCCACAUAAUAAACACCCAGAGAAAAACUAAUUUCUUCUUAUCGUAAUUUCGAAAUUUCUUGAAAUUAGGUUUGUUUCUUGAUUGAGUUCUUGAAUCGGGCUGUCUUCUCUUGUUACUAUAUUCAGAGUUAAUAAUCAUGAUGAGUCAAGAUCAUGACGUUGGUAAUGACCAGACGCAAAUCAUAAAGGGUAAGCGUACGAAGCGACAGAGAUCAACUUCGUCGGCCUUUUUUGUGAAGGCGGCUACCACCAUCACCUCCACAAGCUCAUCGGCCGAGGAUGGCAGCGGAGGAAGAACAGUUCCCGAUGAAUACAACUCGGCGGUUUCAUCUCCAGUAACCACAACUGAUUGUACCGAAGAAGAGGAAGACAUGGCUGUUUGUCUCAUCAUGCUUGCGCGCGGAGCGGCUCUAUCUCCGGAUCUCAAGAAUUCUAGAAAAACCGGCAAAGUUCUUUCUUCGGCAGAGAAUUCGAGUUUCUAUGUCUACGAGUGUAAAACGUGCAACCGGACGUUCUCGUCGUUCCAAGCUCUCGGUGGACACAGGGCGAGCCACAAGAAGCCUAGAGCGUCGAUAGAGGAAAAGACCAAACUACCCCUGAUGUUGACCAAGUCUAGUGGGUUAGUGGAAGGGCAAAAAGGUAAUUUCAGAGUUUUUGGUUCAGCACUAGCUUCGCAGUCAAGUAACAUCAUCAUCGCCAAGGCAAACAAAGUACAUGAGUGUUCGAUCUGCGGUUCUGAGUUCGCUUCGGGACAAGCCCUCGGCGGCCACAUGAGGCGGCACAGGACAGCCACCACUGCGGUAAUACCUGUCGCUACCAUGGAAGUUAGCAGAAACAGUACAGAGGAUGAGACUGAGAAUUUGAGCUCUUCCAUUGAACAGAGGAAAUACUUACCAUUGGAUCUUAAUCUACCUGCACCAGAUGAUGAUCUAAGAGAGUCAAAGUUUCAAGGGAUAGUGUUCUCAACUACACCAGCGUUAAUAGAUUGUCAUUACUAGUUGUUUGAAGUUAAAUGCAUAGUUACAUGAUAACAUAUUUGUGAAUUCUUCUUCUAUUACUAUAUUGUUGAUGAAUUGGAGUUAUUUUCAAAAAAAUAUUGAAUCAUAAUAUCA